GUGGCUCACGCCAAAGCGGGGAAGAUCACGUGAGCCCGGGAGUUGGAUACCAGCCUAGGUAAUAUAGUGGCGACCCUGUCUCUACAAAGAAUAGAAAAAUUAUCUGGGUGUGGUGGGGCACACCUGUAGUCCCAGCUACUCGGGAGGAUGAGGUGGGAGGUCACUUGAGCCCAGGAAUUUGCGGCUGCAGAGAGCCGUGGUUGUGUGACUGCAGUCCAGCCCGGGCAACAGAGUGAGACCCUGUCUCUAACAAAUCAAACUUUUUAAACAAAAGUUUCCCCUUUUGAUUCUCGUUUGUCUGCCUCCCCCACUUUCCCUUUCACCUUCUUACUUCCCUCUCAACGAUAUCUGCAGCCAUGAAGGGCGUCACCAGCCACCGCCAGCCUGCUGGAAUAGUUAUGUGCUGUGGUACACAGGGUGGACGAAACUGUUAUUGGCCAAAGAGAGAAUAUUGUUAGCGUUUUUCUCUGUCUUCUCUUUGAUCCUGCUUUCCUUGAUUGCCUCACCUUUACCCUUCCCCAGGAUUCCCUUCCAUUUGAGAAAAUGUUUUUCUAGAACGUAGGUUUUGUUAUUUGCACAGAUGCACUCAGAGUAAGCAGCAGAGAAGUGUGUGAUCUUGGGUCAGGCCUUUGGGGCACGCGGCUGGCUUGGGGGUCGGGCGGUGGUCCGCAGGGCCGUGUGGCGGCCACCGCCUGACUCUCUGGCUGGGUUGUUUUCCUCUUUUGCAGAUCAUCCAGUCACUCGAUGGGGAUUACCAGCGGACCACCUGUUUGUGUCACCUUCCCACCUCUCUGUAGCAAGAAAAAUCACUUCAGCACCUCUUCAGUAAUAAUGAUGAAACUGGUAUUAACUGAAUGGCAUUUAUGGAUUUUUAACUCUAAUUCACAGUAAACCAGCAAGCCAUAUGUUUAAAAUCCAACCAAAAAUCGUUCUGUGUUGCUGCAUGUCUCAUACCAUUGUGAGAAGUUGUGAGAUACCCACUUGUGCAAAGAGGAAUGUAAGUGUUACUUGCCCAAGGAACACAACCGAAGCAGAAAGAGAAGACGUCUUAAUUUAUCAUUACAGAUAUAUGAAAGCAUUAUUUAUAUAGAUAGAAUAUAUAGAGAAAUAUAUAUAUAUUUUUGGUGGUAAUGAAAAUGGCUCCGCAGAAUGCCGACUCGGAAUCUAUGCAAGUUCAAGAGUUAUCCGUGCCCCUGCCAGACCCGCAGAAAGCCGGAGACGCAGAGGCCGAGAACUGUGAGACCAUCAGCGAGGGGUCCAUAGACCGAAUCCCCAUGCGCCUGUGGGUGAUGCACGGGGCAGUGAUGUUUGGCAGGGAGUUCUGUUACGCCAUGGAAACAGCUCUGGUCACACCCAUACUGUUGCAGAUUGGCCUUCCGGAGCAGUACUACAGCCUCACCUGGUUCCUGAGCCCCAUCCUUGGCCUCAUCUUCACACCUCUCAUUGGGUCUGCCAGUGACCGGUGCACCCUGAGCUGGGGCCGCCGGCGGCCCUUCAUCCUCGCCCUCUGCGUCGGCGUCCUCUUCGGCAUUGCACUUUUCCUUAACGGCUCUGCCAUCGGUCUGGCCCUUGGCGAUGUCCCCGGCCGGCAGCCCAUCGGCAUCGUGCUCACAGUGCUGGGGGUGGUGGUCCUGGACUUCAGCGCCGAUGCCACCGAGGGGCCCAUUCGCGCCUAUCUGCUGGACGUGGUGGACAGCGAGGAGCAGGACAUGGCCCUCAACAUCCACGCCUUCUCUGCCGGCCUCGGCGGGGCCGUGGGCUACGUGCUGGGUGGGCUGGACUGGACGCAGACCUUCCUGGGCAGCUGGUUCCGGACACAGAACCAGGUGCUCUUCUUCUUCGCCGCCAUCAUCUUCACGGUGUCCGUGGCCCUGCACCUGUUCAGCAUUGAGGAGGAGCAGUACAGCCCGCAGCAGGAGCGCAGCGCUGAGGAGCCCAGCACCCUGGACGGGGGCGCGCCGCACGGCAUCGCUGCCUUCCCAGACGAGGUGCAGUCGGAGCACGAGCUGGCCCUGGACUACCCGGACGUGGACAUCGUGCGCAGCAAGAGCGACUCGGCGCUGCACGUGCCGGACGCCGUGCUGGACCUGGAGCCCGAGCUGCUCUUCCUGCACGACAUCGAGCCUUCCAUCUUCCAAGACGCCUCCUACCCUGCCACCCCCUGCAGCACCAGCCAGGAGCUUGCCAAGGCCAGGCUGCCCCACCUGACCACCUUCCUCAGGGAAGCCACCAAGGAGGACGAGACCUUGCUGGAUAAUCACUUGAAUGAAGCUAAAGUCCCAAACGGAAGUGGCUCCCUGGCAAAAGAUGCCCUCGGCGGCUACGCCAGGGUGGACAUGAAGCCCUCGGCCACGUCAAGCUCCGUGCGGCGACGGCGGCACGCGUUCCGCCGGCAGGCCUCCAGCACCUUCUCCUACUACGGCAAGCUCGGGUCCCACUGCUACCGCUACCGGCGUGCCAACGCGGUGGUGCUGAUCAAGCCGUCGCGCAGCAUGAGCGACCUGUACGACAUGCAGAAGCGGCAGCGGCAGCGGCGCCGGCACCGGAACCAGAGCGGGGCCACCAACUCCAGUGGAGACACAGAGAGUGAGGAGGGGGAGGGCGAGACCACUGUGCGCCUGCUGUGGCUCUCCAUGCUGAAGAUGCCCAGGGAGCUGAUGCGCCUGUGCCUCUGCCACCUCCUCACCUGGUUCUCCGUCAUCGCCGAGGCCGUGUUCUACACCGACUUCAUGGGCCAAGUCAUCUUCGAGGGUGACCCCAAGGCCGCCUCAAACUCCACCGCCUGGCAAGCCUACAACGCCGGGGUGAAGAUGGGCUGCUGGGGCCUGGUCAUCUACGCAGCCACUGGUGCCAUCUGCUCCGCCCUGUUACAGAAGUACCUGGACAACUACGACCUGAGCGUCAGAGUGAUCUACGUGCUGGGGACACUGGGCUUCUCCGUGGGCACUGCCGUGAUGGCCAUGUUUCCCGAUGUCUAUGUUGCCAUGGUCACCAUCAGCACCAUGGGUAUCGUCUCCAUGAGCAUCUCUUACUGCCCCUACGCCCUGCUGGGCCAGUACCACGACAUCAAGCAGUAUGUCCACCACAGCCCCGGGAACUCCAAGCGAGGCUUUGGCAUCGACUGUGCCAUCCUGUCCUGCCAGGUGUACAUCUCCCAGAUCCUGGUGGCCUCAGCCCUUGGGGGCGUGGUCGACGCUGUGGGGACUGUCCGUGUCAUCCCCAUGGUGGCCUCUGUGGGCUCUUUCCUGGGCUUCCUGACGGCCGCAUUCCUGGUGAUCUAUCCUGACGCGUCAGAGGAGGCCAGGGAAGAGCAGAAAGGCCUGUCUUCCCAGUUGGCCAGCGAAGGCGGGGCCGGAGGGAGCAGGGAAAAGCCCACUGUGCUGAAGCUCAUGCGGAAGGAGGGCCUGCCGGGACCGGUGGAGACGGAGUCCAUGGUCUGAGCCGCACUCCCAUUUACACACAUCCCGCCAGGUGGGCGGGCGGGCAGUCGGGUGGAUGGCAGGGCCCGGCCACGGGCGGGAGCAGAUACCAUGGAGCCCGGCAGCUACGGUGGCCGCCCCGGCAGCGCAGGCCCAAGCCCCUCCGCCCCAUAGUCACAAUUCAGUCGUCAUAGGGUAGGUUUGAGCUAGUAGGCAAAAAUACCACACUAACCACUUUUUUGAUGAUUAAAAAAAUCAUUUGAAAUAUUUUUUAAUUGAAAAAGAUCUGUUAAUUUCAACUCCUUUAUUCUGCAGGUAUAUUAUUCUGCAUGUUUUUAAAUUAUAAAACAUUUAUAUAGACAAGCAAUUUAGAAAAAAUAAGAUUUCACAUUUCUAGAAUUAUAAUUGAAAACAAAAUGUGACAUUCUGUGCUACGCCUUAUCUGAGUGCUCCAGGUAACGGCAGUGUAGUCAGUGACUAAAACGUUUUUAUCCGAUCCCCCCUCUGCGGACGCCUGCAGAUGUUGACACUGGCAGAUCCCGUCACUUCAGCUGGUGCUGCAGCUACUGGAGAGUAUUUUUCUUUAUGAUUAUUUUAGAAAAAAAAAUUCUUUUCCACAAUGUGGUUUUCUUAGAAGAACAGCAUCUCUUCUUUUCCUCAGCAAGUUUGACACACUGUGCCCGGGGCAGCCGUGUCCUUGGGCAGCGGCCACACACCAAAGCUGGGAGGAGGCUGGUCGGGGGGCCCGGGCAGAAGGCAGUGGUUUGCAGGGGCGGCUCCCAGACACCCUGCCGCCAGGGAUGGGCUGUGCACCACGUGCGGGGUGAAGUGUGAGCUCCAGACGGGCGAUUACAUGUGCUCAAGAGGGUGUCUGCACCCAGACAUGUGACCCCAUUCAUCCCGGCUGAAGGACUUUCCUAGGAGGCCAGGCUGCCCCUCCAGACCCCUCCAGACCCCAAAUGUUGACUUUCGCUGCACUUUUGAUUCAUCGCUAAACCAUUUGCUGGGGAUUCCUGAGAGCAGAGCUCCCGGCGGCCCUGCCUCCCAAGCCCCGCCGCAGGCUACCUCGGGCGUGUGGAUGUGGAGAGCCUCCCCGCUCCAGAAGGGGACGUACAUGCUGGAACCUGUCGGAACUCCACGGCUUCCUCACCUGCUCACCUGCUCGACGCUGGAGUCAGGACAGGAGCACGGGGAAACCUGUCUAGACGGCAGAGCCCGUGCCACCAGAGGGCUCUGCGCUACCAUUCUGGUUUCAGCAAAGACGCAGAACUCCAGCAAGCACUGAGGCUGCUUGGAAAUGUUUUCCAAACCACAGGCUCUUCAGAACCAAGCCGUUCCUACGCUUCCGAUUCAAAAUGGUUGGCGUAAGCCUACUGAGAUCAGGAGACGGAGGCCCCGCACGCCACACGGAUACAGUCAGACAGUUGUAAUGCUUUUGCUGCCUCAAGUCGUUUUUCAAUAAAGUCCUUUGGAAUGCAUGAGGA